GAUAUGGUGAACAACGACCUCGGUGAAGAGGAUAUCGAGGAGGUGCUCGAGAGUCAUAAUCGUUAUCGCGUUGUCAUUGCGAACGGCAAGGAGAGUCGCGGAAAUCCCGGGCCGCAGCCCGCCGCAAGGACCAUGAUGGAAUUGAUCUGGGACGACGAACUUGCCGUUAUAGCUCGUCGAUGGGCGCUGCAGUGCAAGCUCCUCGAGAAGGAUCAGUGCCGAGAUGUUGGCAAGUAA